UUCAAAUAAAUUUCGAAAUCCAAAGAGUGUUCAUCGUUAAAGCAACAGCUUAAAAUAUUAUAAGUUCUAUAGUUAUUUAUUAUAACAAAAAAGUUGAUUUUAAAAUUUAUCUGUGUGUAAAAUCAAAGUUUUAAUUCAAGUAUUUUUCUAUAUAAAGUGAAGAAAAUAUCAUAUCAAAAUGCGUUUUAUCACAAGCAUGGCUCAUGUUAUUGAUGGAAAAGCUGUAGCAGCAGAAAUUCGUGCUGAAAUUCGCAAAGAUAUUGAAGAGUUUGUGGAAAAGGGGAAUAGAAAACCCCAUUUAACGGCUAUAAUCGUGGGUGACGAUGUGGCCAGCCAAACGUAUGUACAAAUGAAAAUGAACGCCGCCAAAGAUGUUGGCAUCACCAGUGAAACUAAACGUUUGCCCGCCGAAGCUACUGAAAAGGAACUCCUAGAUCUUAUAGAAAGUUUAAAUAAUGAUAAAAGCGUUGAUGGUAUUUUAGUGCAAUUGCCAGUUCCUGAUCAUAUGAACGAACGUAAAAUAUGCAAUGCGGUUAUAUGUGAGAAAGAUGUCGAUGGUUUUAAUGUCUUCAAUGUGGGCCGUAUGUGUUUGGACAUGAAUUCAAUGAUACCUGCAACGCCCUUGGGUGUUAUUGAAUUAAUAAAACGCGCUGGCAUAGAGACUUUCGGCAAAAAUGCUGUGGUAGUGGGACGUUCUAAGAAUGUCAGCAUGCCAAUUGCCAUGCUAAUGCAUGCAGAUGGUCGCAAUGAGACAAAUGCCAUGGAUGCAACCGUUACCAUUUGCCAUCGUUUCACACCACCCAAGGAAUUGGCCAAAUACUGUUCCAUGGCUGAUAUUAUUAUAACGGCCACCGGUGUACCAGGUUUGAUAACCAAGGAGAUGGUAAAACCGGGCGCAUGUGUAAUAGAUGUGGGUAUAACUCGUAUUACGGAUCCAAACACAGGCAAAACUAAAUUAGUAGGCGAUGUUGAUUAUGACGAAGUUCGACAAGUUGCCGGCUACAUAACUCCAGUCCCCGGCGGUGUUGGUCCCAUGACGGUCGCCAUGUUAAUGCACAACACCUUUACAGCAGCCAAAAACUUGGCCGCCGCCUCCACUAAGAGUUAAUUAUUGCACCCUCAUAUUGCUGGCAAUAGAUAUGACUAGUAUUUCAUUUUUGACCUUAAUGUUAAUGAUAUUAACUGAUAACUAAACAUAUUAUUAUAUAGUAUGUAUAGGUAUAUUACCAUUACCAAUAUCUCAUUUUGUUUAAGUUUGCAUUUAUUUAAACAAAGUUCUCAUGAAAGCUAUAUUUAAUUACAUUAUUUGAUUGGAAUUAACAUUUGUCUGUUUUAACACAGUGUCGGCGGUAUGUCAAAAAGUUGCAUACAAGAAGAACACUUGCAUUUUGAUAGUAGUGACUUAUAUAAGCAAAUAUACAAUACAAUUAAUUAUAAACAUAACCUGUUUAUUAUUAUUUGCGUAUUCGUAUAUUUUACUUUUUUUUCCAAUAAACAUGAAAAAAAAGUUAGUCGUUUAUCUGAAAACAA